CAGAAGCAGAAGCAUACGGCUAGCGUGAAAAUCACACAUUCCCUUCUCUUUGAUUUUGAAAUUCGGAAUUCGGAAAUGGCAGGAUCAUCAUCAGAAGAGGGACAAGUCUUCAGCGUCCACAGCGUUGAUGCAUGGACUGACCACCUCAACAAGGGGAAUGAAUCCAAGAAACUGAUUGUUGUGGAUUUUACUGCUUCUUGGUGUGGACCAUGCCGUUUCAUUGCGCCAUACCUGGGUGAGCUGGCUAAGAAGUAUACAAAUGUCAUAUUUCUGAAGGUGGAUGUGGAUGAAUUGAAGUCUGUUGCUCAAGAUUGGGCUGUGGAGGCUAUGCCCACUUUUAUGUUUGUGAAAGAGGGAUCGAUUGUGGACAAAGUGGUGGGAGCAAAGAAGGAAGAGCUGCAGCAGAAAAUAGAGAAACAUGUGGCUACAGCUAGUGCUUAAUCUUGUUGUUAGUACUUUUUAGCUCCAGAGACGCAGUGUGUGCUGUCAUCUUUAGUUUUAUAAUAUGUAGUGGUGGACAUAUUUUUAUGUAUUCCUGUUAUUGCACUGCACAUUUGCACCAUGCAACUCUAAGUAGGCGAUGACUAAUAAUCUCUCUGGCUUUCUUCUGUCUUAAACAAUAGUGGAUUAUAUUAUAUCAUGCAUGCGUAAUUGCAUUUACUUA